UUUCACAUUGUGUCACAAUCUAACUUCUAGCUUUCUAGAUUCCUGCGGAUCACAUCAUUAAAAUGUUGUGGCUUUUGUCAAUGGUUUUGGCUCUCAUCACAGUGCUUGACGCCUGUCCGAUACCCUGCAAAUGUGAAGAUCAUGACAUCAUAAUUUGUUCGGACCAGAGACUUCUGGAGCUCCCUCAUCUGCCUCAGAGUACCAAGCAAUUAUAUGCUACACAUAAUAUGAUUCAAGCUCUCCCAGAUGAAGGUUUGGAAGGAUUGUCGAUUCUCGAUCUCACCAAGAAUGUCUUCAAAUUGUCACUCAAUACCAACUGGCAGAACAUUAGCAAUCUUACAAAGCUAUUUCUGAGUGGAAAUAGACUGAGCACAUUAACACCAAGACAGUUUCAGGGGCUGUUCAACCUCAAAAUAUUAGAUCUCAGUGACAACUACAUUGAAACACUUCCUCAGAAGUUCCUUUACGGUCUGACCAAGCUUCAGAUCCUUAAUCUGAAUAUGAACAAGAUAUUACGUUUAUCCUAUGGGGUCCUGGAUGGAGCUCCUGUCCUUAAGGACCUCCAGCUCAGAAAUAACAUGAUCGAGAUGGUCGAGGUAGGUGUGUUUGAGAACUGCACACAUCUAGAUCAAAUUUAUCUGUCAAUGAACAACCUAAAAAGUGUAGGUAAUGGGAGUUUUAAGGGUGCCAUAGGUCUAAAUCACCUCGAUCUUAGUCGAAAUGGAAUAGUUGCCGUACCUACCGGUGUCCUUCAGGACACUCUGAACCUCACUAGCCUCUAUCUUCAAAAAAAUAACAUAACUUCAAUUCCUGAGGACAUUUUCUCUGAGAUUCCCAUGCUGAAGCAUUUGGAUUUGAGUCAUAAUGCUCUUGUUUCCAUGUCCGACGGUUCUCUCAGAGGUCUCUCCCAGCUGGGCGCAUUGGAUCUGAGUUUCAAUCAGUUGCGGAUGCUAACGUCACAUGUGUUUCAGGACUUGGCAAAGCUUGAGAGCCUUAAUUUGUAUCACAACGAUCUGAUGUUGCUUCCGAACGGCCUGUUCAAUAACUUAAGCAGGGUAACAGAACUUCAGCUGGACAACAAUAAUAUUUUUGUAAUUCCACCGGACCUCUUUCACCCACUUUCAGCUUUGCACGAUCUGCAACUGGACAACAACCACAUUUCGGAGCUCCAUUCACACACACUUAUGAAGCUGAGGAAGCUUAAGCAUCUCGAUCUUUGCAACAAUGAUCUUGUGAAGAUUCCCACGCACCUCUUCAAAAGGACACGCCAUCUGAGGGAUCUUAACCUGGAGAACAAUCAUAUCCGUUACAUUCCAAAAUUGUCCUUUAAACACUUAGUCAAGCUACAGACCCUGAAACUCAGCAACAACCACCUGUCAAGACCCUUUGCAGAUCUACUGACUAGUCUUAGUCAUUUACGGGAGUUAUGGCUCAGUGAAAACCAGAUAGAAACCAUCCCUAUUGGAUUUUUCACAGGUCUUACAAAACUGAGGUUUCUGGAUUUGUCCAACAAUAAACUGCAUUCCAUCUCUUCUGAUGCCUUCAAAGAUCUGUCCGCAUUGAAAGAGCUGGAUCUGAGAUUCAAUGCUCUCGAUAAACUUCCAGAUGACAUCUUCACAUCUUUGAUAAAUCUCAAAAGGCUCCACUUGGAAAACAACCAGCUCACACACUUGCCCACCAAAGUGUUUUCCGCUCUAUCCAGAUUGGAAGAGCUCCAUUUGGACAAAAACCAGAUCCAGCACAUUCAUCCAACACAGUUUGAAGGCUUAGUGAUGUUACGCGAACUUGAUAUUAAAUUUAAUCAACUGCGCUAUAUGGACAAAGGGACUCUGGUGCCUUUAGCAAAUCUAACACUUAUCUAUCUUAAUGGGAAUCCAUGGGAUUGCUCUUGUGUGUUCAUUCUCUAUCUAAGUCAGUGGUUUAACAAUAAUACUCGCUUAGUAAAAACUACACCCAUGUGCUCUUCUGGUCAAUAUCUUUCCUAUCCAGCUCUGUUCCCAUAUUCGUUAUCACAGCAUUGUGCAUAUUCUGCAUGCAUCUCUUUUAACACAGAGAAAUUAAUGGUUCUCAUUGCUUUCACUCUGGGUUUUCUUUUAUUUUGAGAUCUAGCUAUCUGUGCUGUGCUAAACCCUGAGAUCUGUGUGGUUAAAACACCACUUCUUCUGUGCAAAUGAUUUAUGCUUUUGACCUCUGAAAUGCAUGCAACUGUUGGCAUCAGAGGAGCAAUAU